UACAGGGAGAUUUAUUUUUAGAGAAAAUCUGGCCCUGUGCAGGCAGGAAGCUUUCUGAAAAUCUAAUGAAGAACACAGCAGUCAUGCAGAGUUGUUAGUCACAAAGCAACAUCAGUUAACAGAGCUUCUCUUCACUGUCUGAGUUUUAGAUGACUGCAAAAGGCUAGACCUUCCCGGGUUUUUUUGUUGCGGUGCUGCAACUGUAGCUUGCUCUAUCUGUGUUGGACGGUGUCCAGGCGAAGAGCUUCGCUGCCCUGCCCUCAGGUCUCUUCAGCUUGUGGAUCUCCAUGCGGAGGAACGCCUCUUUGGUGGCUGUGACAGGGAGAAUUAGGCAAGAGAUGCGGGUUCACUUGCCCUGCGUAGGGGCUUAUCUUGGGCUAAGCUGAGGGACUAAUAGCAAAGCCAGCCUCCGCUCCAGCCGGUCUGAGGGCACAGGGAGCCAUCUGUCCACUCUGUGGAUAACUGACAACAAAGGGGGCAAACAUUGAACACGGACUACAAAUUAAAAGGUCGUUCAUUUUGGAGAUACCAGACAUAAAGAAGAGGCACAAGUAUUUUGUAUACAAGGUGUGAUAUGGCGGCAGAGUUUUGUUUGUAGUGUUGACUUUAAAUCUCGGGAAACACAGAAAAUGUCUGACAAGGAAGAAAUGGCUUCAGAUGGGAGUUUAAACGUUACGCUGACGCUGAGGCUGUUGAUGCAUGGAAAGGAAGUUGGCAGCAUAAUUGGGAAGAAAGGAGAAACAGUGAAGAAAAUGAGGGAGGAGAGUGGCGCUCGGAUCAACAUAUCAGAGGGAUCAUCUCCUGAGAGAAUAGUUACCAUCACUGGACCUACAGAGGGCAUCUUCAGAGCUUUCUCCAUGAUCGCACAGAAGUUUGAAGAGGAUAUUGCAGCAGCAAUGACAAACAGUAACGUGACAAGCAAGCCACCUGUGACGCUUCGCCUGGUUUUCCCAGGGAGUCAGUGUGGCUCACUGAUUGGCAAAGGAGGCUCAAAGAUCAAAGAGAUCAGAGAGACCACAGGCGCUCAGGUUCAGGUGGCAGGAGACAUGCUGCCGGACUCCACGGAGAGGGCUGUCACAAUCUCCGGCACUCCACAGGCCAUCACUCAGUGUGUAAGACACAUCUGCUCUGUGAUGCUAGAGUCUCCACCAAAAGGAGCAACUAUUCCCUACCGUCCCAAGGUCAUACCUGCUGGAGCCCAUGCAGUAUUAGCACCACAGCACUCUGCACAAGCCUUUGCAAUUCCUGGACAGUAUGCUUUUGCACAUCAAGAUUUGACCAAGCUUCACCAGUUGGCUAUGCAGCAUAUCCCCCUCCCCUCCCUUGGGCAGAGCAACCCUACCUUCCCUGGAUUGGAUGCAUCUGCCCCCACAAGUUCACAAGAGCUGGCAAUACCUAAUGAUUUUAUUGGCUGCAUAAUUGGAAGACAAGGCAGCAAGAUCAAUGAGAUUCGCCAGGUCUCUGGAGCUCACAUCAAAAUUGCCAGCGCCACUGAUGGCUCAGCCAUGCGCCAAGUCACAAUCACAGGCUCGCCAGCAAGCAUCAGCGUGGCCCAGUACCUCAUCAACGCCAGCUUAGAGAUGGCUAAAUACACCAUGCAGGCCGCUUCCUCUGCGACCCCAGUUGAUCUCAACAUGAGCUUCUCUCAGUCUGCUCCCACUGCCUCCACUGCUGCUACCUCUAUGGCCGUCCUGGCGGCCACCACCCCAGCCCCCACCACCAUUAACGUCCACUCUCCCUCCACCUUACCAGCCAUCCAAAACCCACACUACGCCGUCCCCGUUUCCAGCCUUCUUGGCAUGAAAACUCUCCCUGUCCUGGCUGUCCACCCAGCAGCCACUUCCAGCCUAACACAGGGUUUAUCCCCUUACACCGCAAAAAUGCCAGCCUCCGGCGUCAAAAAGUCAGAGCGGCAGAAGUUUGCUCCUUAUUGAUGCCUCCUUUUAAAGUCUAGUCCACGUAGGUGGCUGAUAGGACAUUAUUCAAAGAUGGCAAAUUAUUUAAUAUUAAGCAUAUGGGCUUAAAGAUAGCUUACACCAGUGUGUAAGUUUUGCCAGCGGAACAUUGUUUUACAUAAAUCAGGAAGAUAUUAGAUGCAGACUGAGCGGAUGGUAGUAUUAAAACAUGUCCUCAUUAAUUAAAAGAGGCAGCAGAGGUGCAUAUUAACUCAGUAUUAUCUUAUGGACAUGCAUAACAAUUAAUGUGCGUAACUCAGGCUUGUAUUAGUAUCCAUGGAGAUGGAUUCAUGUUCCAGAGCUUUAUAUGAAGACUUAUUCCAGGAAAUGUUUUUUCCAUGAUGCAGAUAUUGGUUUAGUUUUUCUAUCUGUCUAUGUAGUCUUUGUUAGAAAAUGGAAACUAGCAUUAAAAGAUGUGGUGCUUUGUUGGCAGCAGGCUGUUAAAAUCUUUGUCUUGUACAGUAGAAAUCAGUGUGUUAAGUAUUUUUAACAAGGAUUGCUCCACUCUUCUGUCAUAUUUCCCCCUUUCUUCCACUAUAGGCUCUCAUCAGUGCUAACAGGCUUGGGUGUUCUGUAGUAGCGUUGCACUGUUGCAGUUCUGAUGGGAUUAUCUUAAAGCCACAUUGGAUUCUAGUGGAUUUCACUCUACACAGUAAUCCUGUAGAGCCGGACUGGCCUAACUAACUCAUUUACUGGUUCUGUACACAAGCUUUUUUUUGUUUGUUAUAUUCUACAGCCUGAACAAGUGGAAUGCUUCAACUGUCAGCAUCUGAAAUGGACGCUGAUCAAUUCUUUUAAGAAAUGUUUUAUUCAUGUGUUUCUGACGUGGGUCCAUCCCCCAAACAAUGCAGAUUUAUAAUAUUUGUUGAUGAAAUGACUCUGAAAUAAAUGGGACUUUUUAUGAAUGCA